CCCCCGACGCGUCCGAACACGAAGGGUUAGAGUGAUGCCGUGACCGGAGGUCGCUCUCUGCCGAAGGCGACGGUCGAAGAUGUCGUCCAUAUCGGCCCAGGGGGUGGUCGAGCGAGCGUCCGCGGAGCUCUCGAAGCGGAUCAACGGGCUCGGCCUGCGGAGCAGCAAACACCAUGCGACCAAGGGAAGCGUCAUGGAAAGGGUUACUAAUGUCUUCUGCGGUGGCGGCAAUAACUCCCUCGUCGGUGCCCCAGAGAAGCCGUCGCGGCUGCUACCAACGCGCGGGCUGUCGAAGAACGCGAACCAGAUCUCGUUGACCGGAAAUUCGGUGUCGACGCCGCGAAGACACCGCUCCUUGCCCGCUUAUCUCAGCUGGGAGCAGCUCGUCAUGGACGAAAGGUUCCUCACCAAUUUUUUUAUGUACUUCAACGCGUGCGAACGGUGCGUUUUAGCACAGGUGUGCACUCGAUGGAGAGAUAUUUUAUAUAGGUCCCCGCGAUAUUGGUCUGGGCUCGUGCCAGUUCUGCAAUGCCGAGAAAUGCGCGGCACUCAAGGAAACGACAGGGCGAGAUUAUACGCGUCUUUGCUGCGCAGAGGAUUCCACAGUCUGUCGCUGAUGAGCGCCUCCGACGAGGACGCGAUGGAUCUGGUCAACGCGUUUCCGUUGGCUUCGAAGCACAUACACACGCUCAGUUUGAGGUGCUCCAGCAUCACCGACAGGGGAUUAGAAGCUCUCUUAGACCACCUUCAGGCUUUGUACGAGCUGGAAUUGGCCGGUUGCAACGAAAUCACCGAGGCGGGAUUGUGGGCUUGCUUGAACCCGCGGAUCGUUUCGCUCACGCUCACCGAUUGCAUCAACGUGGCCGACGAAGCGGUGGGAGCGGUGGCGCAGCUCCUGCCCGGCCUCUACGAGUUCUCCCUGCAAGCUUAUCACGUUACCGACGCCGCUUUAGGUUACUUCUCGCCCAAGCAGAGCAACUCGCUCAACGUUUUGAGGUUGCACUCUUGCUGGGAAAUCACUAAUCACGGGAUUGUAAAUAUAGUUCACUCCCUGCCGAAUUUAACGGUUUUGAGCUUAUCGGGCUGUAGUAAAAUCACCGAUGACGGUGUAGAAUUAAUAGCGGAAAAUCUACAAAAAUUGAGAUCGUUAGAUCUGUCUUGGUGUCCUAGAAUCACAGACGCUGCCUUGGAAUACAUAGCGUGCGACCUUAAUCAGUUAGAAGAAUUAACUCUAGAUAGGUGUGUACAUAUAACGGAUAUAGGAAUUGGAUACAUUUCCACGAUGUUGUCCUUAUCUUCCCUUUACUUACGUUGGUGUUCCCAAAUUAGAGAUUUCGGACUGCAACAUUUGUGCGGAAUGCGCAACUUACAAAUACUCUCGUUAGCGGGAUGCCCAUUAUUGACGUCGAGCGGCCUGUCUAGCCUGAUCCAACUGCGACACAUGAGGGAAUUAGAAUUAACCAAUUGUCCAGGGGCGUCAAAGGAGCUGUUUGACUACCUCAGAGAACACCUUCCUCGUUGCCUCGUUAUAGAAUAAGUCGCCAAUUGUCCACUUGUUAUAUUUGAUACUAGACUGUGCAAUAAUACGUGAUUCGGAUCAUUUCGACUCGAUUAUAAUUUUGAUUGGCUUCAUUACGAAUAUAUUUACGUAUUUAUUCGCUAUUUAAUUAGCUUCAAUAGGAAAGUCAUAGCCGAAUAAUGCUCUCCCCGGAAGAUAUUGCCCGAGUUUUUAAUAUAUUUGAUAUAAUACACCUAAAUGUAAUAUCGAGAAUGCUUGAAAAUUUUCAAAAUUUUGCUCUGUUGAAGCAAAUUAAAUGAAGGAACAGUUCGUUAGUGUACUAAUAACGAGUAAAACUUUACCUCUUUAGUUAAAUGAAAAAACCGUUAAAUAAAAACAAAAAUAAGACUAAUAAAAUAAAAUUACACAAUUUAAAUUUACCAUCCACUUAAUGAAUUUUUCCUUCAAGUCAAUUCUUAGUCUGCAAUUUUUAUACAUAAAUUAGCUAUGACGAAAAUUAUACAUCACGAUUAAUUGCAUUAUAACGUUGUGUCCUUAGCUAAGAAUUGAAUAAUUAGUUUAUACUAAUUUAACGAUUAUAAUAUUUUUCAAUCGAUUAUUUAUUCAAACUUUUCAAAUGGUCCAUAAAGCGGAAAAAUUUUUGAACGAAUCGAAAAAAAAACUUUGUGCGUUGGUAAAAAAUUAGAAUAAUAAAGGUAACUUAAAAUAAGACAAUCUAGUAAGAAAAGUCUCAAUUAAAUAUUACGUUGUAGACGGAUAAAGUAUGUUAACCUGGUUACAAUUAAAAAUACAAGGUCCUUUUUACAUUAAAUUGAAUAAUUAAUUGUACAAUUUUCUUGUACAGAAAAAUUGGAUAAUCUAACAUGGACUUACGAGAGAUAUUUUGCACAAUUUUAAUACAUAAUAUAAGUAUUAGUUUGGCUAUAAAUACACUUAUUCUCGUCGGGAGUUAAGCAAGCACUGUUAAAUACUGCAUGUAGAAAAUAAAGCCAAAAAUAAACGCUAAUGCAACAAUUAAUAAACGCAUAUCUGCCUUUAAAAUGAAUCUAAAACAAUCAAGUAUUAAAUUUAGCGCAUAUCAUUUUGCAAAUCGAAUAAUUUAAGUAAAAUUGCUCAUUAAAGCAAUAAUUUUCUAAACAAUUUUUGAUAUAAGCUGCGUCAAACUAAUUCAAUUAUCACCCUUUAUGCUAUUAAUUAAACCUUAUGGACUAUUUGAAAUUAGUGUUUAUGUGAUGUGAUCAUUGAGAUUUUUAUUAUAUGUUGAAACAACCCGUAUUUGUGUCAAU